CUCACAGUUUAAUAGUGUGUUUCUAGUAUUCCAUUCAUACCUCAUCCCCAGUGAAAGCUUUAGAAGCAGUUUUGCUUAUGGCUGAAUCUACACCAUUUUCUGCUGAAAUAACGGAAGAGUAUAUUUGUCCAGUUUGUCAAGAAAUACUUCAAACUCCAGUGAGAACGCAGACCUGUCAGCAUGUCUUUUGCAGGAAAUGUUUUCUGAUGGCAAUGAAGUCAGGGGGUGCAAAUUGUCCCCUUUGCCGUGGACCCGUUAGCAAAAGUGAGAGAUCUGCCCCUGCAAGAGCAUCUGAUAUUGACCUAGAGAUGAGAAUGCUUUUGGGAGGAUGUAUGUAUUGUGGGAAGCAGGUGAAACUGCAUUACAUGAAGCUCCAUUACAAAUCCUGUAGAAAGUACCAGGAGGAAUAUGGAUUAUCACCAAAAGAUCCCACCAUACAGAAAGACCAAAAAUCAACCAAAUGUCAGGACCCAAAAUACAAGUGCCCACUGUGCUCUGAGCAGAAUUUAAGUCAAAGGAGCCUGCUGGAGCACUGUAACAAUGUGCAUUACUAUCAAGAGGUGGAAAUGGUUUGCCCUAUCUGUGCCACUUUACCCUGGGGAGAUCCUAUUCAAACUACUGGGAAUAUUAUUGCCCAUCUAAAUGCAAGACAUCGAUUUAACUAUCAAGAGUUUAUGAAUAUCCACCUAGAUGAAGAGGCACAGUUUCAAAAAGCCAUUGAGAAUUCUUACAAACUUUCAAGGUGAUUCAGACAGAAUGCAUCUUGUAAUGGUCAUUUACAGAUUGUUUCCAUUUUUUUUUUUUUUUUAAUCACAAUUUGUAAUGUGUUUAAAAUAAAAAUAUAUUAAAGUAUCCUUUUGUAAUUUUA